CUGGUGCAAUUGGUCGGCUGACGAUUAUAUCGCACUCUAGUUGACCGAUAUUCAUUGGCACGUUUUUGGAACAAAAUACAGUGUCUAGUAAUAGAUUGAUUAAUUGAUUAACUAAGCGUAAAAUUGGAGAGAAAAUGAGUACAACAAGUGAAAAAAACACCUCAGCAGCAGAGAACCAAGAAAAAUUGGACGCGAAAUGUUCAAAACGGCGACAUGCAAGUGAAAGUUAUAUGGAGGUUGAUGCUGUGAAUGGGAUUGAGGGUAAAGUCAAAAGAAAACCUGCCUUUAAACGUUCGAAAAAUGUUCAAGGAGGAGAGCAGAGAAAGAUAGCUGUUCCAGCUCACAGAUAUACUCCUCUAAAAGAAAACUGGACAAAGAUCUUCACACCAGUUGUUGAACAUCUCCAACUGCAAAUACGUUUCAAUCUGAAAACUAGAAACGUAGAACUUCGUACAGCCCCGGAAACUCCAGACAUAUCAAAUCUACAGAAAGGGGCUGAUUUCGUGAAAGCUUUUGUUAUAGGCUUCGAAGUCGAAGAUGCAAUGGCCCUUUUACGUUUGGACGACUUAUUUGUAGAAACUUUCCAAGUGCAGGACGUGAAACCAUUGAAGGGAGAUCACUUGUCAAGAGCAAUAGGACGAUUAGCGGGUAAAGGUGGAAGAACUAAAUUUACUAUUGAAAAUGUAACAAAAACGCGGAUUGUAUUGGCGGACACAAAAAUUCAUAUCCUAGGCUCAUUUCAGAACAUUCAAUUGGCAAGAAGAGCCAUUUGUAGUUUGAUUCUAGGAAGUCCUCCAUCAAAAGUUUACGGACAACUGAGAAAUGUUGCCUCGCGUGUUAGUGAAAAAUUCUAACUUAAUUUCUUGUUAAGCCUAUUAAUAAUGAUAAUAAUAAUAAAAAAUAAUUAAUAACAUUCAUAA